AGCUGUCAUUGUUUUUUUUCCAUUUAAAGUUUUCAGAUAUAUUUAGUUUUAAUGUAAAUUGGACACGCUUGGUCAAAAUUCGAAAAAAAAGAAGUUUACCCUAUUCACCGCACUGGCUACUAUAACAGAUGUUCAACUGGCCGCUCAUAGACUUCUAGUUGAUGCAUGCCUGGACCGGGCAAGUAAUAGCAAAAUGCAUGGCUAAAGAAGAAAAAAGUUGUCUCGUCCUUAAUAUUGACAAACUAAGCAAUUCUUAUGUGAAGAAUUUAUUUAUAUUGCGUGGUGUGGAAGAAACCUUAUUUUGUAACUGCAAAGAGGAUACAACCAAGGAAUUUAAGGUGUCUAUGCGAAGACUACGUAUAGUUGUCAUAAAUUAAAGUCAAGCAGGCCAUUAAAUCUUCACCUAAAUCAUUAAGGAAAAAAUUAUGUGGCGGAUACAAAAAUUUCCAUUGAGCAUUUUAUCAAAAACAUGGGCGAUGCCCUUUGUUCCAAGGAAAAAUUCGACGAUAUCGACGUCCUAUUAUAAUGAGCUUGGCGAGCCGGAAUCAUACAAGGAAGCCAUGGCUGCACUUGGUAUGCUGCAGUCUAAACCAAAGGAAAGCGCAGACCCGAAUAAUUUGAAGGACACCUGGAAGUAUCUCUAUCGUUCUGGGAUAACUGCUAGGGACAUAGAUACAUUGUCUGUGAUACAUGUUGCUGGCACUAAAGGAAAGAGUUCGGCCUGCGCAAUAUGCGAGUCAAUCCUACAUUCAUUUGGAUGUAAAACAGGAUUUUUUAGUUCUCCUCAUUUUAUAUCUGUGACAGAAAGAUAUCACAUAAACGGGCGACCUAUAACUGAAAAGUAUUUCUCAAAAGUGUUUUGGAAGUUAUACAACACCCUUGACAAAUAUAAGGAGCAUGCAGCAGAUUUGCCGACGUAUUUUAAAUUUUUGACUAUUUUAGGAUUACAUAUAUUUUUUGAUUCAAAUGUAGACGUAGCUAUUAUUGAGACCGGUGUAGGAGGGCUUUACGAUAGUACAAAUAUCGUACGCAAUGUACAAACAAUUGGCAUAACAUCGAUUGGAUUAGACCAUAGUGACGUCCUUGGAAAAAGUUUUGAAGAAGUGGCCGCUCAUAAGGCGGGAAUUAUUAAGCCGAAUGCUAACGUUUUCCUCGCACCUGUUGACUAUAGAGUUUAUGAUAUAUUUAAUGCCCAAGCCCACGAGAGAAAUGCAAAUUUAUUUAUUAUUCCGGACAUGAGUGAAUACGCUUUCAAGAAAAUACCAAAGCAGCUGAGUUCUCGAGAUCAAUUACAAAACAUAAACUCCUCAUUGGGCAUACAGUUGGCUUACGAUUGGCUCCGGAGGUACCGAUCCAAUAAAUUGAAGAACUUUAAAUCUGGCAUUGUUUUGGAUACAAGUCCCGAGGUGGUGAAGGGGAUUGAGUCCUGCCGUUGGCCCGGGAUGAGUCACAUCGUGCAAGUUGGGAACAAGACCGUAUACUUGAAUGGUGCCGAUAAUAUAAACAGUCUCAGGACGUGUAUCGAUUGGUUCAAGAAUUUAACUGAUUCAAGCAACAAGUACAGAUGCCUGGUGUUCAAUCCCAUGCCCAACACCGAUGUAAAAGUCGCCCUUCUAGCAAUUGGUAACAAUAUAAAUUUAGAAAUGGCUCUUUUCGUCCCCGAUAUACAUUACCAUAACAAGGAACGACACUUGGAUUGUGAGCACACUUGGCAAUCGAGCACUUUACAAAUUGACAUGGCCGAAGCUUGUUCCAAGUUUUGGUCGAAAAUAUCCAACAUGCCCCCGAUGAAAGUGAAACAUUUUACGUCCGUACUCGAUGCAUUUCUUUAUUUGGACAAAUUUUAUCCGGACGUGGAAUUCGAUAUUCUUGUCACAGGUUCAAUGUCUGUUAUUGGUGCUACAAGAAGAGCUCUAGAUAGAUACCGAAUAUUAAUAAUUUAAAUAAAAUAAUGAAGCUAGGAGCUGCACGCCGAGUAUAGAAUUUAGAUAUUUUGCGGAAUAGGCAUCCACCGCUUGUGGUCCCUGUUGAAGAGAGUGUAAAGGAGAGUUGUAUCAAGGCAACAAAAAUGAUAGUUUUAUUGUCUGUACCUCAACGUAGCUACUGUCAAAAUUUUGUCGAUUUGUGCCGCGUAGAUAUAAUAAUGAAAACUCCUUGAAAUAAUUUAAUAGCUAGCACAUAUUUAUUCAAAUUAUCUGUAAUAUAAAAUUUAUUUUUUUAAAAUUAUUUCCGGUUAAACUACUA